AUUCCUAUUAUGAUCCAUGUCCCGGGAGCGAUGCUUGUGUUGAGGGAGAAUUUUGUCAGACUCUGAAAGAUAACAUAAAUAUAUGUUAUAUAGAUGUGAAAGAAUGCUUGAAUGAUUGGAUUUCAUUUUCUAAUCACUGUUAUUUGUUUGUGUAUACGAAGAUGUCUUGGGAAAAUGCAAAGGUUCAAUGUCAGACAGGAGAGGGGCACUUGGUGAAAAUUGAAAAUAGUGAGGAGAGCACAUGGAUUAAGUCCAUAAUUAAAGAUCAAAUGUGGAUAGGAUUGAAUGAUCGUCAAACAGAAGGACAUUGGGUUUGGGAUUCUGAUAAUUCAACACUCACGUAUAACGAUUGGUCCCCUUCUGAACCAAAUGGCGGAGAAAUAGAAAGCUGUUGUAUGUUUUGUAAAGCUGCAUGCUGGAUAAGUAGUUACAGAUGGAAUGAUGCUCCUUGUUAUUUAAACUAUGGAUAUGUGUGUGAGAAACUGUUGUGAAGAGAUGUAUUUCAUUUAGCCUCAACAUUUUGUUACCCUCUAUUUUGGACUUUUCCUUCCAUUUUAAGUCAAUUUAUUAAAUUAGUAAAUAACUGUAUAAGAUGUUCUCUCCACUGUUUCGAAUUAAAACCGGUUUAAAAGACUAGCUGUUAUAAAUUGAUUAAAUGCAAAUAAGGGAAUUUAAAAAUGAUUAAU